GAUCCCUCGGCACGGCUCGCCGCGCGCCCGGGCAGCCCAGGGCCGGCGAGCAGCUCCGCAAAGUCGCGGAGCGAGAGGAGGCAGAGCGCCCGCGAAGUGGUCGGGCUCGGCGCUGGGGCUGGGCAGGGAGAGAGGUGUGCCCGGGGACCUGGAUCCUGGCGCCCUUGUUGCCUCGCGCGGAGCAGCCGGUGCACCCGGGAGGCGAGCUGACGCUCUGGAAAGAGAAAUCAAAUUGCAGCCUCCCCAAAGACGUUAAGUUACGCAGGCCAGCCGGUUCCCGGAGAGCGUUCGCGAGCGCGCGUAGAGCCGAGCCGCGCCGCGCCGCGCCGCGCCGCACCGCAGAGCCCUCCCGGGCCAGCCGGCUGGGAGCGGGGCGCCGUCCGAGAGGCAGCGGCCCCUGAGCACGGGGUCUGGCCGGGAGUGCGCCCGGCUACAGAGAGGGGGCGUGCGGGGCUCCGCCAGCCCGCCCGCAGCCCGCGCCCGACUUGGGCGCCCCCUCCGUCCCACUCCGGGAGCGAUGCCCCCCGCCCCUCGCGCCCCCCGGGAACGACGCGAGCAUGGAGAAGUCGAGUAGCGAGGAUUCUUCGAUCCACCGGAGUCCAUCUUUGGACAGCAAGGACUCGGACUUUGCCAAACCGUCCACCUCGGGCCGCCCGUUCGGCCGCGGCUUCACGGCCGGCGCCUUCUACGGCACCGCGGGCUCCAGGGGCCAGAGCCGCGCCGAGGCUGGCGUUAAGACUGACAAGUACUAUGCACCCAAAGGCAGCAAGUACGUGGUGUUUUACCUGGACCUGUCCUUUGUUUUUCUUCUAGAAUUUAAGAAGUGCAACAUGGCCAGGGGCUGCCUCUGCUGCUUGAAGUACAUGAUGUUCCUCUUCAAUUUGAUAUUCUGGCUCUGUGGCUGUGGGCUGCUUGGAGUGGGCAUUUGGCUAUCCGUGUCCCAAGGCAACUUUGCCACCUUCUCCCCCAGCUUCCCCUCGCUGUCGGCAGCCAACCUGGUCAUCGCCAUAGGCACCAUGGUCAUGGUGACAGGCUUCCUUGGCUGCUUGGGGGCCAUCAAGGAAAACAAGUGCCUCCUCCUCAGUUUUUUCAUCGUCCUGUUGAUCAUCCUCCUGGCAGAGCUGAUCUUGCUCAUCCUCUUCUUCGUCUACAUGGACAAGGUAAAUGAGAACGCCAAGAACGACCUGAGAGAAGGCCUCUUCCUGUACAACACGGAGAACAACGUGGGGCUUAAGAAUGCCUGGAAUAUCAUCCAGGCUGAGAUGCGCUGCUGCGGCGUCACCAACUACACGGACUGGUACCAGGUGCUGGGGGAGAACACAGUGCCCGACCGCUGCUGCAUGGAGAACUCCCAGGGCUGCGGGCGCAACGCCACCACCCCGCUGUGGAGAACGGGCUGCUAUGAGAAGGUGAAGACGUGGUUUGAUGACAAUAAGCACGUGCUUGGCAUGGUGGGGAUGUGCAUCCUUAUCAUGCAGAUUCUGGGCAUGGCCUUCUCCAUGACCCUCUUCCAGCAUAUCAACCGGACUGGUAAAAAGUACGACGCCUGAGUGGGCUGGCCGGGAGCUCCCCGGCCCCCAUGCCGACAUUGCGCCAGGGAAGAAGAUUUGAGCUUUGUGUUGCCUGCUCGCGCUCUCCAGACUGCUGACCCCUGCACCCGGCCCCCCAGCCCACCCUCCCCCAGCCCGCCCAGCCUCAGCCGCCUUGGUGGGUGGAAGGCCGGGGAGGAGGAGGCAUGGAGGAGCACAGAGACCUUGGGUGCUGGGGGCGCCUGGGUUCCUGCAUCUGUGUAUUUGCCAAAGAAGACGGGGGAGCCGGGUUCAUGCCCCAGGAGCCCCCCAGCACUGAUGCGUUUCUGCCCCUGCCCUUCCUCACCCUGACACUUUGUCCCCACGUGGGUGGGGCGCAGGGUGCUCCCUCCUGGUCAAGAGACUGUCCGCGGAGCCACAGGUGUCCAUGCCCCCCCCACCCCCCAGUGGGAGAGCUGGCGGGGGCCGGGGUCUGACUGCCUCUGGGCAAGGCCCCCCGGGAGCAUCUUGCCCAGGCUUUUUAUACCUUACAGUGUAACUUUUUUUUAAUUUUAUUUUACUCUGAUUAUGAUUAUUCAGGAAUAUUAUCUUUCAGAUAAGUUUAGGGUUAGCUUUCUGAUUUAUAACUUUUUACCGCGUUGAUUUCUGUAAUGGUUUGAUUUUUUUUUUUUUUUUCCUGAGGGUGAGGGACAGGUAGAGAGAGAGAGAGGAUGUCCGUCAGGUCUCAGUCAGGACAGACCACUGUGCGCCGCUCAGGAGCCUCCAGGAAGAUGUGCCAGGCCCGUGCUCAGGAUGCACCGAGCGGGAGGGAGAGCGGGCCAGGGUGUGGGGGGCCGGCAUCUGUGGUACAGGAGCCUGGGCGAGGCGAGUGCAGCGGAAGGCACGGAGAACCGUGGGGAGGGGCACCCUGCCGGGAGCCAGCUGUUUGCUGAUCCUGGCUCCAGCGGCCGGAGUGGUGGGGGGCCCGUGGGGGUUCAGUGAAGUGCUUUGCCAGGAAUGCGGCCAGGGCUGGUGUGGGUCCUUAUACUUCACCGCUGAGCAGUCUGUCUUUUUCCCGUCCGUCCUUCCUCCUGCCCUCUGCUGGCACUGGAGGGGGCUCCCCCUUCUGCCCCAUGCGGGCGUGUUCCCGCAACAGGUUCUGCAAACCCGUUACUUUCACAGACAUUCCUGCUAGAAACUCUCGGACAAAUACCUCUUUAGUUCAGAUGCUGCUCACUUUCUCACAUUGCUUCUGGAAGGGGAAGCAUUCCUUACGUUUUGAUGCUCAGUUGGUGGUGGAGAGGCCCCGUGAGGGGGGGGGGGGGGGGGGGGGGAAGGUGGACCUGGUGCCCGUGAUCAUUCCAGCCGCUUUCACUGGGCUGCACAUUCCCUGCUGAGAGGGAGGGGAAGAUGACCAGGGGGUCCCGCAUCCCCUUCCUCAGGGUUCACUGACGGUGGGGUGGUGGCAGGUGUGUCCUCCAUGGCCCCGAGGAGAAGACGAGGUGCUCAGACUGGAUCUUGCUAAGCAGCCCCAGGAAGAAGCAGCUGAGUCCCCAUGUAGGAGGCGAACAGGCGGGGUGGGGUAUCUGACCGCAGCAGGCGGCCCUCAGGGCUGACGCUGGUCUGAGUAAGUGUUUUUGCAGUUAAAAAAAUAAAGUCAAGAAUUUACGGGACUGAGCUUGCAAAGGCUUUCCACUGGCGGGCUCCGAUCUGGUGCACCUCCCCGACCCGGCCUCAUGUGGGGCAGCUGCCUUUUUCCUGCACCGUUUGGCUGGGUACCUUGAUUUCCCACCAGGCCAUGUCUCCCAUCCGGCCUCCACUUUUCUCCAAAAGCUGAGACCGGGCCACCCAGCCAGCACCUCCUGCGCCCGCCUAAGUCAAACACAGACGGGACCAGGAGAAUGGGACUUUCGGUGUUCAGGACUCACGAUUUGGGGCAGUGAGGACCGGAGAGUAGGGUGGUCUCAGUGAGUCAGGCAGAGUAAGGCCACCCUCCUACGACAGAAGUGGAGGUGCCCAUGGCAAAGCUGGGAAGGUGGGUCCUUGGGUAGACGAAGGGGCCAGUAUAUGCCUGAGCAGAACUGCCUUCCUGGGUCCUCUGGUGCCAUCUUCCCAGCGGGGGCUUCAGCUGCCUCCCUGGGGACACCCAGCUGCAGAGCACAGAGCUGUCAUGCUACCGCGUCACUGCAGAGAGGCACUCAGCUAACAUGCGCUGGAGUCACACAGUGGGACUGAGUGUAAAAUGACCUUGGGGCGGGGGGAAUGGGGCAGCCUUGUUCAUGCCUAUCAAUGCAAUUUCAGUUUUCAAAUCAGCAAAAGCCCAACACCUUGGCGGGGGGUGUAGCGUCCCUGGCAGUCUUGUGUCUGGAGCCGCCUCCCCCGCAGCCCCCCUCUCCCCACCGGUGCCCCCUCACCUGUCUGUUCAUGGAGGCUUGUCCGCAGCCCCUCAGACCGCCUUCCUGCCUCACCCUGUGCUUGGCCGCUUAGGCAUUCGCUCACGUCUCCCCCGGGGUGAGGCACAAGGAGUGAGGGUGCUCUUCCAGCCCCCCCCCCCGCCCUUCCUGCAGGGUGGAUCCCACCCACGGAAGGUCAUGCCACACGGUGUCUGUGGCAGCCCAGUGUCCUCGUUUCUCCCGGUUCUGAUCACACCGGGGCAGCACUAACUGGAUACGCUCCCUCCCGUGUGGCUUCCCUGGGCACAGAGUCCAUUUGGUCAGGCCUGAUGCAGCUUCCAGAUGUGACUUAGAAGGUCGGAUUCUGUAGACAGCUUCAAGGGAGCGCCGGCCAAGACCUGGCCUUUCCCUGCAGCCAUCCUGCAGAGCUGGUGGGCCCGCAGGGACCGAGAACCACCUUUGGGGGGCUGCGGCAGGUGUCAAGGGACAAGUCUGCACCCCAGGCCCCCCGCUGGAGCACUGUCACCCCCUCCCCCCACCAGCAUGGGCCAGCACCUUGGGCUCUCACUCCAGAAAGGUUGCUGUCCCACCCCAGACCCUCACACAGAUGUUCUGGUUUGACUUGGAUCCAGGUGGCCGGCGCUCCUUGCUUUGGUGGCCAAAAAGCAGUCCAAGGUGGAUGGAAAUGGCUGUCCCCUCCUUUGCAGCCCCCUGCCCACCCACACUGGUGGAGGUGCUAACUAGCAGGGACCUGGCGUAGGACGGGAGCUGGGGGCCAGGUGCCUGAGUCCCCCGUUUGACCCUCUGCCCUUCCGCGCCAGGCCCCUCGCAGUCUUGGUCUCUGCACUCGCUCCUCCACACCUCAGCGUGGUAGUAGUCCCGGUGGGUCCCAGCCUCCCUGCUCUGAACGGGCACCUGAGGGCCGGAGCCAGGGGCUCAUGGGCACACCCCACCCACCCCCGGGAGCGUGAGAGAGCAGGACAGCACGCUUGUUGGUUUUAAAUGCACUUUUCUGCUUGCGAUGCCGUAUCUGUGCGUUUCCUUCAUCCUGGUCCUGGCUUUAUCGAACACCAUGUUUUUAGCAUGUUUUUAAAUAAAAACUGAUAAUGUGUCAAAAGCA